UGUGGUUCGAAUAGUAAAAAUUCUAAAAAAAUUAAGUUUUUAGAGAUUUAUACAAAAUUUUUGAUAAAAAUCCGCGUAGAAUCCUCUUAAACAAAGUAAUUAGCGUAUUUGGCUUAUAUAGAAAUGGCUCUAGUAAGCUUGAAUGCCGAGUUUGAUCGGGAUAGAGCUGAGUUCAUACGCACCCCGAAGUAUGGAGAGAGCUUUUGUAAGAAUAUUACAGCCGCUUGGAACUCAGGAUUUCUAUGCGAUGUGCAAUUGAUAGCCACCGUGGACAACACAAGUGUUCCGGCACACAAAAUUGUGUUAGCGUCCUCUAGUGAUUAUUUUGUCGCUAUGUUUAAAACGCCAAUGAGAGAAAGUCUAGAAAAUGUGGUUAAUAUUGGAGAUAUGAAGGGAGAAACUUUGAGUGCUUUGAUCAAUUUUUGCUACACUGGUGGUAUUCUUAUUUGUGAAAAUAAUGUCGAUACCAUAUUGAAGGCUGCAUCUCUGCUUCAAUUAAAUAAGGUCGUGAACAUUUGUUCAGACUUUAUUGGGGAACGCAUGCAACCAAGCAACUGUUUGAGUAUAUUUUGCAUUGCUGAAUGUUUAAAUACUUUAGAUCUUAUGCAAAAGGCUGAAUGUUUCAUUAAGCGGCACUUCUUGAAGGUGAGUCAACAUCAGGAAUUUCUUGAAUUGGAUAUCGAGCAUUUACAGCAUUUUGUUAAAAGUGAAGACAUUACUGUGGACUCUGAGGAAGAUGUUUUUAAUAUUUUAAUAAAUUGGCUUACUUUUAAAAAAGACGAACGAGAAGAACAUAAAUCAGACUUAUUGUCCUUCUUACGUCUGUCACAGUUAAAGCCCAGCUUUAUAUUAGAAAAAAUCGAGCCAAUAUGUGUAACUCUAGAGUCUAAACAAAUGGUAUUGGAGGCACUUAAAUGGCAUCAUUUACCAAAAAUACGUCCAUCAUUGUCUUGUACACCACCACGUAUAACACUGCUACGUUCAGUAGUUAUAAUAGGUUCUACUGAGUCCUAUUUAUCAAUUAUAAGUUAUUGCCCCACUGCGGGUGAGUGGACUUUGUGGCAGCCUCAAAUUUGUUUCAGAAGCUAUUAUGCAUAUACCGUUCUUAAAGACAAGCUUAUAAUUUUGGGAGGCUAUAAACGAAAAUCACCAAAUGAUUCUAAUGUUUAUCAAACAAAAUCUGUACAAUUUUUGAAUAUGGAAACAAUGACCGUUGGAAACUUGCCGCCUAUGUAUGAAACUCGAUUUGGUUUGGGUGCAGCUGUUGUGGGAAGCUGCUUAUACGCCAUUGGUGGCAAAAAUGAAAAUGAAUAUUUUAAUUCUGUGGAAUGUUUUAAUCCAAAUUCCGGUAGCUGGGAUUUUGUUGCUCCAAUGUAUAAUAAAAGAAGUUUUUUUGCUAGUGCCGUCAUCAAUGACAAAAUCUAUGUACUUGGCGGCUAUGACAGUUUCAAGAAUAUCGUUUAUUCCACCGAAUGUUAUGAUUCUAUAUUCAAUAAAUGGUCUGUAUGUGCACGAAUGAAUAUGUCCUGCUCUAAUAUAAGUGUGACCGUUGCUAAGGGUUCAUUAUACGCAAUUGGUAGCUGCAUUGGUUUUAAAACGCAUAUGGAACGUUACAAUCCUGAAACAGAUAGGUGGACAACGAUGUUUUCUCUAGUGGACGGACCGUUUUUCGUUGGUCUUACUUCUGUAAAUAUUGAUCUUUGGGCAGUUACAAGUCCCAGUGCUACAGAAAUGAAUGCUUUAAGUAAAUAUGAUAAUGACGACAACAACUGGACUGAAGUAAAGAAGCUACCAAUGGAAAUGUCAUCUGUUCUUGUUGUCUCUAUUCCCAAUAUGCAUCUCGUUAAGUUAGCUUAUGAAGAAGAGGAAAAUUUUUAAUACUCAAGUAGUAUUAAACUUUAGAUCAAAAUUAUUAGUUAUUUCAGUCCAACAAAAGGCGACAAUAUAAAAUUCAACGUAAAAUC